AUGGAGGUGUUAAGAUCUCAGAAGCGAACAGUCUCCAACGAGGUCGUUUCAAUUCCGCUCUAUCUUACAGCUCCAUCUAUGGAAGUCCGCCUAGAAGAGUUCGAGCUCUUCGCAAUCGAUCGCUUACGAGUUCUGCAAGGGGUCUCAGAUGGAUUAGCCCGUGGAAAAAACCCUAAGGAAAUGGAUGAUCUGGUAGACAGAUUGUGGAAAGAACAUAUGAGACAUUCGGAUGUGUUAGAAAUGAUGAAUAAGGAUAUAAUCUCACAUUUCGUCUUACGUCUCGUUUAUUGUAGAUCGGAUGAGUUGAAGAAAUGGUUUCUUAGCAAUGAAACUGCUCUUUUUCGUCAUCGAUUCCGGAUUAAAAGCUUUGAAGUUCAGAGAACAAUUGCGGCAGAAUUUGGAUUAUCAAAUAAGGUAGCCACAGGUGCAGAAGUUGAGAGUUUGAAGGAGAAAUUGGGGCAAGUCAUACGCUCAAUGGGUGAAAAGUCACCUAAUGUUGAAACCAUAUACUUUAAGGUUCCUUUUGAAGAGGUUCCGGACCUUGUAUCUGGUCGGAGAGUAUUUAUACAGAAAGGGUAUGCCUUUGUAGCUGGCAGUCAGGCAAGUCUUGGUUUCCAUUUCAUUUCGAAACAUAACUUCUCCUCAGUUAAUAGCAGUGUCUCCUUAAAAUGGACAACUACCAUACGAGAACGAGAAAAAGACAGACUAACUCCAAUAGUAGAAGCCUUAUCUACAAGCUAUUUGGGUCCCGAUUAUUCUCAGUCAAGUGAGUACGCUGACAUAUCACUUAAGGAUAUUGAUCAAGUUUCCAAGAGUUCCUUUCCCCUUUGUAUGAGGCAUCUUUUUGAAAAACUUCGAGAAGAUCACCAUCUAAAACAUGGAGGAAGAAUGCAACUGGGUCUUUUUCUUAAGGGUGUGGGUUUGAAACUGGAUGAUGCCCUAGCAUUUUGGAGAGCAGAAUUCACAAAAAAGGUUGGCGGUGAGAGAUUUGAUAAAGAGUAUGCGUAUGCCAUUCGCCAUAACUAUGGGAAGGAAGGCAAAAGAACUGACUAUACCCCUUAUGCUUGUCAAAAGAUCAUUUCAUCUGCUCCUGGUGUUGGGGAUCAUCAUGGCUGCCCUUACCGACAUUUCAGGAUCUGUUAUCCAUCCUCCAACACCGCUAACCUUAUUUUUUUGCUGGAUAAACAGCAGUUACUAGCGACUGCAAACAUUUUGAGCAUUCGCUAUAGUUUCAGCUUAUAA